AAAAAUGAAAAAUAUUAAAUGUAAGCAUAUUUUUCGUUAUUUUGUUAUACAUAAGAAAUACGUCACUACCAUAUCAAAAGGCCCGUUGAGUAAUUGUAGGUACACCUAUUACCAUAAAAAUGUCUCAUAUGGUGUUCCUGAAAUUUUGAAACGUAAAUAUUUGAGAACAACAAAUCGUUUCAAUGUCAAAUGACUCACGUAUUCAUCAUGCGGUUGUUCCUAGAACCUCCCAGAACAUUCUAGAUAUUACACAAUGUUGUUCAACUAUCAGACUCACUACAAACUGUUGUAUCAUACUCUCAAAGUUUUAAGACUAAGGAAAUUAGACGAUAUUCCCGCACAAGUUCAACCCUGCCACAAUUAGCGACUAAUUACUAACGCACACGAGUGCGACAUGUCGCUGCGAUUUGUAUCAUCGUGAACAGUUCUUAACACGCCUUACAGCGUACAACAUCUACGAAAACACGUGUCAAUCUUUUCAAAUUCAAAAAAAGAAAGUACUUUGUUAGAUUCGACGAAAACCAGUGAGGAUCGAGGUGAUUAGUUAAGUUCUCGGUUAUCCGUGCUAAAGGGAUGUGAUGUCGAAAAAUAAAGAGAAAUCUAAUCAAAAUGCAUCGAAGGAUUGGCGGCGGAGGUCUGAGCCUCUCAUCGCGGUGCCUGAGGAUGAAAGAGAGCACCCGCCACACUCGCUGCCGCGGCUAAGCGUGGUGCUGCCGGCCAGCACGGGCUCCAGCAUGGAACAGAUACCAGUUCCUAAGUCUACACGGAAACCACUGUCACAUGGAGAUGAAUCGAUGACCAUGGUCCUGUCAGCGUUUUAUGCUAAAUUAUUAAUCGUUUUAGGAGUAGCAUUGCCAGUAACGAGCACCAUACAAAAUGAAGUAUAUACUAAUGUUAUGUCUGACGUCUUUACAAUGUAUUUAUAUGUAGUUAGUAUGCUGUUCUUAGCCUACACGUUCUAUCACCUGCGAAUAGCAAAACGAGAGAGAGAUGAGAACGUGAAACGGACCCGCUACGGCAGUUUUUACCUGCACUUGGGUGUGGCAGGUUUUGGUGUGGGAUCCAUUAUAUAUUCGUGCCUGCAGUUCGGAGGCUAUUUUGACCUCUCGGGAGACUGUCAACUCGCUAUUGUAGCUCUCAAGCCUGCUCUAAGAAUUCUGUACCUUGUAGCUCAAACAGUCUUCAUUUUCUCUUACACUGAUAUUUUAGAUCCAAUGCGUGGCGUGGUGCUUGAUAGAUUCGGACUGAUGCACCUAAUAGCAACAAACGUUUGCGAAUGGCUUAAUGUUGUCGUACAAGAAACCAGAGAUGAUAUCAUUGCCAUGGCCUACGACCGGCCAGCACUCAUACGCUACGCCAACUUCACCGGCGGCACAAAAAUACUUUUUAAAGGACUUAUCGAAAAUACCACUUCUAAACUAGAUCAGGAGCUCUCAAGUAAUAUAAGUGUUGAUCUAUCGAACCGCACAACAAACUUCUUAAAUACCACGGUAAAUGAAGACGGCUGGACGUGCAACGUCACCGAUAUGAUCACACCUUUGAUUAGAAGUGUUAAUCCAUACCUGAGACCGUGUGGAGUGGAAUACAGCCUCUUGUGUUCCAUCAUCAUCGUUGUUAUCUGGAAUGAUAUAUGUACAGUACCUGGAUCGAAACCGGCAAAGCAGCGCGCUCCUGCGGCAAUAAUUGGCAAGGAUCGUCAGUGCUGCGCUCGAACCAAAUCAAACAACCAUUUCUCCGUAGACUGCGGUAGCACACACAAAGGACUGUUCAUGGGUGUUGCUGUACUGGCUGGGACUAUAGUUAGCCUCAUGUUGUUUAAUGGAUUGUUCCAAAAACGUGAACAUAUGAACUUAGCGUUAUUACAGAUAAACAUCUGGGAAUCAAUUUUGUUCAUGAUAAUGACUCUCGGAUCAGGAGCAUGUCUUCAAAGGAUGCGGACCCUACCGUUAAAUCGAGCCAUUACAACGCUGCCUCUGGAACACGCCUUGUUGCUAGUUACACAAUGUGGGGUUUACCUGUACUACCUUUUUCAAAUAAUAGGAGCUGGAUUUUUAAUACAGCAAUAUCCAGAAGAAUCUCGAGCAACCAGAAUCAUAUCACCACUAUGUGCAGUGAUACAAAGUUCGUGCCAAACGCUCUUGGUGUUAGACGCGUGGUCCCGCCGGUGUGCCAGCACGGGCCGGCAGAGACCAGGCCGGCAACUUGUGACAUUCCUCCUCGUUGGUAACCUGGCGCUAUGGCUUAUCAAUCGAAUUAAAAACGCAAGAGCCGAAUUUCACCCGUUACAGAUGGAGUUCUACGGUGUUUGGGCGUGGACUCUCAUUACACACGUAUCAGUACCACUGCUCGUUUGCUAUAGGUUUCAAGCAACUGUGUGUUUCUAUGAAAUCUGGAAAAAUGCUUAUAAAAGAUCACGAGAGACUUAUAUAGACUCUGAUGAUCUGGAAUUGAAAAGUCACCAUGUUGCUUAGUAUUUUCACAAAUAAAGUUGACUGAUAAAAUGUUGUUUAGUCUGC